CUUCUUCACUCGUCUCUCAUCACCAUGAAGUCACACUCAAUACUCGACGUCGUCCCGAACGAGAUCCUCGACGGCAUCCUCUGCCACCUGCCCACCACCGCCCUCCUCCCUCUGGCGGGGGUCAGCCGCCGGCUCCGCGCGGUGACGCUGCACAUCCUCAAGCAGCGCCUGGCCCGCGCCGUCUCCGAGCCGGACCACCGCGUCAUGCUCGAGUGUUACCACCCGGCCGAGAAGCUCUACACGCCCUACCUGUACUGCGACUACCUCCGCGCUGACCCCUUCACCAAGAGCGACGGCAACGGCAGCGAUGCCGGGUGCCUGGGGGGAGCGUAUGCGCACUUUCGUCCGGUGGAGAGCGACGAGACUAGGUCGUGGGCGAGGCGGAGAUCCGCGCUGUGGGGCAGGCACUGGGACGUUGACGACGACGACGGUGGUGGAGGUGGUGGUGGUGAUGGUGAUGAUGGUGUUAGUAAUGGCCGGAAGGAAUCAAGGCCCUCGGUCGACCUGUACCUCGACGAUGACGAGUCGUUUUCCCAGCUGUGCACCAUCACGAACAUUGUUCGGCUGGGGCCCAAGCCGGGCCUUUUUCGCAGCCACGUCAAUAUCAACGAUGGCGUGGUGCGCGUGUGGCGUGACUGGUUAGGAGCAAGGGCCCGGGCUGCGGCCGCCGGGAGAGGCGGUGAGGGAGGAGCAGCAGGAGGAGGAGAAAUGAUUGGUGGCAGUGGAGAGGACCGGGAGGUCGUGCUCUGGGCCGACCCGUACCGCAACGUCGGCGUGCGGUUCCGUGUGACGGAGAAGGACGUUCGCGGGCAGCACCACCCCGUGCUUGUCGCCAACGACGAGCAGCUGCCCGUGGCGUACCGUCUCGAGUUCGAAGAGCUGCUGGUGAGGAGCACAACGUUGCUGGUCAUGGUGGAAAAGUCGGAGGUGCAAGAGAGCUCUGACGAGAGUAAAGCUAUUGUGUUUGUGUUGUUCUGAGAGCCCCGCUUUAACUCUCCCCC